AUGGACUACAAUUACCAACACGUACUAUCACUCAAACGGAUUGCCGACGCAGUAAUUGCGCUGAACUACAACACACACUCCCGCUCCAAGACCCCUCGAUUUGAUCUUGCCUAUUCAUUAGCCAACAUAGUUGAAAAGAUAACGGUUUUACUGAACUGCUCGGACUACCAGAGACUCGCAGAAGUCAACAACGACGAUACUCACUGGCAGGAAAACUUACAUAUUUGGACGCCGCAUAAGACACUUUCUGGUGUAACGAGCCUCGCGGAUGGGUUCCAUGACUUGAAACUGCUCUACAACAUCGCCACAGUUUCGGUUUACUGCAUAUAUCUCCUAUACAAAGAUCUCGACCACUGGUCAGACAACGGCUCAUAUAACCCGUUCGCAGACUUCUUCUUCCAACUGUGGGAAAACAUCACCCAGGUUAUCAUAUACGGUUUGGAGGUCGAUCGCAGAGACGAAAAGCUCAACUUUCCAGGAUAUCCGCCGAUUGUGCGACAAGUGAUCAAAGGAUGUGCUGCUUUGAGAUCAGUCACGGCUGCCGCAAUAACAGCGAAAGACGAUCGCUAUGAGCACGAUCUUGAACACAGCUCGCUGUUCACGUUCAUGCGACCUCUUGGGCGUCGAGCAAUUACCGGGUCAUUGGCGAAAAAGAACGACAUCCACACCUUGCCGGCCCGCGUUGGUAGCAUUGAUUUCGAGAAUCUGCCGCUAAAAUUGAUUCUGAAUGAUAGAUACGACGAAGAUGUUAUGUACAUGUUUGAGCUGAGUCUGACGAGAGACGUGAAGGACGAUCCAUAUUUUGCCCACCAUCCGGAUAAUGAUUCUGACUUUGAUAUCGACUGCGAGUUCCAUCCAAGCUGCCCCUGCGACAUGGAGAGUAGAAGACGGCAACAGGCUAUCAUAAAGUCAUUGGGCGAUCCUUCCAAGGGCAUGUCAAAUGAAAAAGAUCCAUUCUUGCCAGAUGAUAUUCUCCAGCCUCAUUAUUCGCCAAUUCCCCUCCAGUUCGAUGAGCUAGGAAACGACCUGCGAGAAAUCCCGCGGGGACCCAAUACACAGCUGACCGACGAAUUCGUUGAGCUUUUGCAUAGGUCCCAAGACGACGUGGACAUAUUCUUCACAUCUCCGGACGAAUUGCUUGACCACCUCGACUAUGUGUUUGACGACACAGACCGCGUUUGUCCUUGCGAAAAGGUGGUGCGCAGUGUAGCAUGGAUCGUCAUGUACGAAUAUGAGGCGAGCUUGAUGACGGAAGAUGAGUUGUUACAGAAGGAGAAUGACCCCGCCAUCUCAACCGAGGAGCUAAUCAACGUUGUCUGCGACUCGGUCAACUACAAAGUCUUGGUAAAACGAAACCCAAGUCUUUAUUUUGCCAUGAUGGACGAGCUUCUGAUGACCCCUGGCGCAAGACUAAAACUUCUACGCCAUCUUUGCAUGCAACAGUAUCACCACUGGCAGGUCACGUAUCUUCACGACUUACUCAUUGAGGAGCGUGGAAGAAGACAAAAUGAUAAGAACUCUCCUUUGGGACGAACAGAAUACCCCUUCAGUCGAAAAGGGCCUUUGAUCUUGACCGAUCAUGAGAAGAGCGUUGUUGUCGACACCUUUUUGUCAAACCAGUUUGACCAGUUGAGAGAGGUGGGCGAUGACAAGAAUUCAUAUGCGAUUCCUUUAAAAGUCAUUUGCAUAAUGCUCAAGUCACUUAAGAUCAAGGGGGUUUGUGUGCGCAGCAUCCAGAAAUUCAGAAUCGAGCUCCAGAGUUGGUUGAUUCAAUCUGGAGGACUAGGAAAGUUUCCUGAAGCGCGCGAGCUGUUCUUUGAUAGCCAGAAAGAAACUCUAGCCGUCGAAGAGGAGCCAAAAAAAUUGACCACAGAUCUGGUUCGCAUUCCCGAAGUGGAGCAGGACGGCCCCAAAUUGGGUGCAUUGCUUCUGUUGAAACUUUUCAAAGAUGAAGGCACUGUGUUGUUGGACCUGCUCUUGAACUUUGGCCAAUACUAUCCGAAAAAACGUCCUGAAAUACUGUUUUUCCUGAGCGACUUGGACAAGUUGGAAGACACUUUUACUAGCCAGAUGCAAUUGGUUACUAUAUCCGAUUAUGUGUUCAUGUAUAUAUGGCGUGCGCUUCAGUGUCAGGAUGCGAAUGCAAUUAGGAACAUGCUGCUUUGGACAAGGUUGAUUGACGAGAACUAUGACUGUUUGUCGAAAAUUCAAGAUUUCAUCAACCACAAGUUUGAAAAUGGUUCCUGA